ACAGAUAAACAUAGACUAUGAUUACUAGCAAGUACUAUUUCAUUUCUCUAUGUAUGUAUGUAUGUAUCUUCUCUUUGCAGACUCAGUAAAAUAUUCUCGCAAAUAAAAUAAUAAAAAAGAAAAGGGGCAAAAAAAAAAGCAGUGGUUUCUUCCUUUGUUCCAUAGCUCAAGAUCUUUCAGUUUAUUGCUCAAUGAACACCGUUUAAACCUCUAAUCAUCAGUGUUGUGAUUAAGAGAAUAAACAAGCGGGGAGUGGAAGAAAGGGGGGGAAUCUUUUGGAAGGUUUUUCCGAUCAUGGCGGUGGUGGAAAAUGCGGGUGUGGACGCGGUGGCGCCGUCGAAUCGGGAUGGGCAGCACAACGACGCGGCGGCGGAUCACCAGCAGUCGACCAAAGCCGCCGCCGCUAACGGCCAAAAGUCAACUAAGCCCGCCGAUCAGAACCACCACCUGGCCCAGCAGAAAGUAUCCAACGGCCACCACCACCAUCAGCUGGAAAACACAAUUAACGGCGGCGGCGGCGGCGGCGACGACGGCCGUCAUCACGUGGAGGAGGUGAAAGUUAACGGGGGCGGCGAUGAUGGAGGAGAGGAGGGGUUCAAGAGGGAGAUGAGGGAUUUGGAGGAAAUGCUCUCGAAAUUGAACCCCAUGGCGAAGGAAUUCGUGCCGCCGUCCAUGGCGACCGUGGUCUUCGGCGGCGGCCUUCACCACGGGCUGAUGGUGGCGGCGCCGCCACCACAAGUGGCAGCAGCUGCGGCGGGGCAUUUUGGGUAUACUGCGAAUGGUUUCGUGAUUCAACACCUCGUUAACCCAGGCCUCCCAAAUGAAAAUUCUUCUUUUAGGAAGAAGAAAAACGGGUAUACUCACGGUAAACGGAGGAUGAAUAGUAGAACGAGCGUUGCUCAAAGAGAAGAUGUGAUUAGGAGGACUGUGUACGUUUCUGAUAUCGAUCAUCAGGUUACCGAGGAGCAACUUGCAGCCCUUUUCAUUAGCUGUGGGCAGGUUGUGGAUUGUCGUGUUUGUGGCGACCCUAAUUCUGUACUUCGUUUUGCGUUCGUUGAGUUCACUGAUGAGGAGGGGGCAAGGAAUGCGUUGAGUAUGGGAGGAACGAUGCUUGGCUAUUACCCAGUGAAAGUACUGCCUUCCAAAACUGCAAUUGCACCCGUUAAUCCCACAUUCUUGCCUAGGUCUGAGGAUGAAAGGGAGAUGUGUGCAAGAACUAUUUAUUGUACAAAUAUCGAUAAAAAGGUGACCCAAGCGGAUGUGAAACUCUUCUUCGAGUCCAUCUGUGGCGAGGUUCAUCGCUUGAGGUUGCUCGGCGACUAUCAUCAUUCAACUCGCAUCGCUUUUGUGGAGUUUGUAAUGGCUGAAAGUGCAAUUGGUGCUCUGAACUGCAGCGGUGCCGUCUUAGGAUCACUGCCUAUAAGGGUAAGUCCGUCAAAGACUCCAGUCCGACCCCGUUCGCCCCGCCAAUCCAUGCACUAAAAACCCUCGGUCGAGUUUUCUCUCGAGUCAUAAAACAAAUCUAUUUUCUCUCUCUAUCUCUAUCUAUAUAUAAUUAUAUAUACAUACAAGAGACUGAUAACUUUAAGGUACUUUGUGGCAUCUGUGGGGGGUUUUUUUUCUUUUUCUUUUCUCGUUCGUGGUAUCUAGGCUGAUUCCGAUCGAUCACGGGCAUCGGAUAUUCGUGGUUUAACCGUUAAGCUUGUAGAGAGUAAGACCAUUUUCGAGGCUUUCAGUUGUUAAUUAUGGUUUAAGAAUAUGUUUGACUUGAGUAGCAAUGAUGCCUCAGAGUAGUGUUUUUUCAUGGAUAAUUCCUUGUUAAAAACUAUCAUCAGUGAACUUAAUUUUCAUGGACUCGGUGGAAUUCAUCUGUUUUGACUUUUGA